CUUUUACAGAGUUUGGCAUCUCUACCAGCUUGCUAGCCUAUACGGCCAUUUGUCCUGCUCCUAUUUGCCUCCCCCUCUCUUCUAAUUGUGUGAGUCUGCAGAAACCCCUCUAAACAACAGCCAAAAUGGAGGCCAUCAAAAAGAAGAUGCUUAUGCUAAAGUUGGACAAGGAGAAUGCACUGGACCAGGCUGAACAAGCUGAGGCAGACAAGAAAGCAGCUGAAGAGAGAAGCAAACAGCAUGAAGAUGAAAUUCUGCAAAUGCAAAAGAAGCUGAAGGGGACGGAGGACGAGCUUGACAAAUAUUCUGAGGCCCUGAAGGAUGCCCAGGAGAAGCUUGAGGUUGCCGAUAAGAAGGCUGCUGACGCUGAAGCAGAAGUAGCUUCCUUAAACAGACGUAUCCAACUUGUGGAGGAAGAGUUGGACCGAGCUCAGGAGAGACUGGCAACGGCCCUGCAGAAGCUUGAGGAGGCUGAGAAGGCUGCUGAUGAGAGCGAGAGAGGCAUGAAGGUGAUUGAGAACAGGGCUUUGAAAGAUGAGGAGAAGAUGGAGCUCCAGGAGAUCCAGCUGAAGGAGGCUAAACACAUUGCAGAAGAGGCUGACCGCAAGUAUGAGGAGGUGGCUCGUAAGCUGGUGAUUGUAGAAGGAGAGCUGGAGCGUACAGAGGAGAGGGCAGAGCUGGCUGAGGCUAAAUGUGCUGAACUGGAGGAGGAAUUGAAGAAUGUCACCAAUAAUCUGAAGUCGCUGGAGGCCCAGGCUGAGAAGUACUCUCAAAAGGAGGACAAAUAUGAGGAAGAGAUCAAGAUCCUGACUGACAAGCUGAAAGAGGCUGAGACUCGAGCUGAGUUUGCUGAGAGAUCUGUGGCCAAGCUGGAGAAGACUAUUGAUGAUCUGGAAGAUGAGCUUUAUGCGCAGAAGCUAAAGUACAAAGCCAUCAGUGAGGAACUGGACCACGCCCUCAAUGACAUGACCUCUAUCUAAAAGUCCUGACGCUCUACCAUUCUGCCAGGUUUAGCUCAAAGACUCAUCCUUUUACUGCUGAAUGCCAUCUCUUGGCUAAUUUUGUUCUCAGUCUUUCAAUGUCUGCCCACCACCCCCUACCUUUUUGUUUCAUUUAUGUUGUGUUAUUCCUCAACAUUUAUAUGUGCCUGUUGUAAUGUUUAAAAUACUUUUUCAAUGUCUCUGCUGACCUUGCUCCUUCUCUGAUCAAAUAAAUGCUGUCAUUCUGA